AUGACAGAGAACAAAUCCACCCUUGCCCGGCUCAACGCCAUUCAUCCAUCCACCACCCCGGAAAAAGCAAUUCAAAUCAUCCAGCGUGACGGCGGUGUCAUCAUCGAAAAUUUGAUAACCACGACUCUGGCAAAGCAAAUUCAAACAGACUUGAAGCCUCACUUUGAUGGUGACAUCCCUGAUAAGUCAGGGUUCUUCCCAUCAACCACACAGCGAGCAACUGGAUUGAUGGGCAUUUCGGAGUCCUGUAGGGAGCUUGCAUGCAACCCACUAUAUAUUGCCAUUGCAAACUCUCUUGUUUCUUCAAGUCAUACAUUUUGGCGGGGUGAUCAUCAGGAGACCGUGAGUGGGAAGCCAAUCAUCUCCUCCACAGUUGGGUUUCGCGUGAACCCUGGUGGUCGACAGCAAGUUCUGCACCGCGACGAUAACGACUAUCAUCCGAAACCUGGUGAUGCCCCUGUGAUGAUCGGCUGUGUAACAGCUUUGACCAAGACAACAAAGGAAAACGGUGCAACUAUCGCAAUCCCCGGCUCCCAUCUGUGGGGUCCAGAUCGCCAGCCUUUGGACAGUGAAGCUGUUCCCGCGGAGCUUGAGCCAGGGGACACUUUUAUCUUUUUAGGGAAUACCUACCAUGCCGGCGGUGGCAAUGUCACGCAAGAUCAAUAUCGUGAAACUGUCGGGAUAUUCCUCUGCAAACCCAUUCUACGCCCAGCCGAAAACCAAUUUCUCAUGAUCCCACUCGAGGAGGCUAGAAAAAUGAAGCCACAAGUCCAAAGACUGAUGGGAUAUGGCGUUUGCGAUCCCGGGGUGGGUUUUGUUAAUUACCAAGAUCCCAUGAGGGUUCUUUUUGGUGUUGAGGAUGACGAGACAAUUGAUAUGUGA